GAUGCCUGUCGAAACACCGUCAGUCAGACACACGUCUACAGUUGGUCGCUUCCCAUCAGUCACACUGGGAUUGGGGAAAGAUGAGCCUGGGAAGGAGGAGCCAGAGGAGAACACAGAGGAAGGGGGGUGUCGACAAUGGUUAAGUAAGAUCUGUCCUUGUUGCUGUCAAAGACAGAGCGAUGAUGAUGACAUCACAGAUAAGGUCGUCACAGGGAUUGUUGAUGUAGACAAGCUUGUUGGGAAUGAUGACAAGCCAGUCACUAAUGAAAGUAAGCUUGAAGGUAAUUUACACUUUUAAAAAUACCAUACAGCCGCUAGUGAAAGUCUACACACCCCUUGCACAGUCUUUACAUUUUGCUGCCUUAAAAUGAAAUCUAAAAAGGGCUUCAAUUGGAUUUCCUUCCUACCUAUCUACACAACCUAAUCCACAUUUUCAAAGUGAAAGAAAAAUAGUCAAAAACCUUCUGAAUUAAUAAAAAAUGAAGAUGUAUUGAUUGCGUAUGUCUUCACACCCCAGGACUGAGACUGGACCAUUCAGGAACACUCUCCACCUCUUGGAAAUCCAUUUAGGUGUCUAUUUGUCAUUAACAUUUGUGUAACUGUCCCUUUAAAAAUAAAACUCUUUCCCAGGGUUAGGUUUUUAGAAGACUGAAUAUUUAUUUAAUUUUUACAUGUGCUUUUCUCCAUUCAUAUUUAUUUUGGAUUAUGCCCAUAACAUGAUUCUGCCACCACACUAAUUGAAAAUACAGAGGAUUAACAACAUUGCAUUCACUCCCCUUAUGGAAUAAACACGUGAUCUGUGAUCUUAUGUGAAGUUAACCUCUUAAGGAUCGGACCCUUUUUUAAAUUUUCGCCUAAAAUGACAUACCCAAAUCGAACUGCCUGUAGCUCAGGACCUGAAGCAAGGAUAUGGAUAUUCUUGAUACCAUUUGAAAGGAAACACUUUGAAGUUUGUGGAAAUGUGAAAUUAAUGUAGGAUAAUAUAACACAUUAGAUCUGGUAAAAUAUAUAUAUAUUUUUAAUCAUCUUUGAAAUGCAAGAGAAAGGCCACAAUAUAAUAUUGCAGUUUAGGCGCAAUUUAGAUAUUGACCACUAGAUGGCAGCAGUGUGUGUACAACGUUUCAGAUUAAUCCACUGAAGCGUUGCAAUACUGGACUAUUUUGUAUCAAGUCUUCCCAAAUGUGCCAAAAUGGUCAAUUGAUACAUUUUCAAGUACAUAACUAUAGAGAACAUACAAAAAUGAUAUGGUAAUACAAAAUGUAAGUUUACACACUCCCAGGAAUGUCAUACAUGAUUGAUCAUUAGCUUAUACAAUAACUUUCACACAUCUAGAGGGCCUUGCGGGGUGCGUGUGGCGCCAGAGACAGCAAGAGUUCAAACUAUAGAACCCAGUUCCUACAUUUGAAUAUAAAAAUGGAUUUUAUCAAACAAAACUAUGCUACAUUUUAUCUCUGGGACCCUCAGGAUGACAAAUCAGAGCAAGAUUACUGAAUGUAAGUACAUUAUUUACCUUCAGAGGUGAAUGUAUCAAACCAGUUGCCGUGAUACAUUUUGUUUUUGUUGUGCACUCUCCUCAAACAAUAGCAUGGUAUUAUUUCACUGUAAUAGCUACUACAGUGCAGUUAGAUUAACAAUAAUGUAAGCUUUCUGCCAAUAUAAGACAUGUCUAUGUCCUGGAAAGUUUGCUGUUACUUACCACAGUCAUGCUAAUCACAUUAGCGCACGUUAGCUCAACUGUCCCAUACGCAGGACACCGAUACCGCAGAGGUGAAUAUGAUAGCAUGUGACAACAUGUAAAGCAACAUGUGAUAACAUGAAACUACACAUGUGAAAACGUGAUCACAUGUGAAGUGUUCCAAAAAUACAUGUUUUCACAUGAUUUCACAUGACAUUUCAUGUGGAAUCAUGUGAUUUUCCACGUGUGAAAUCAUGUGGUUUUUCUGUAAGGGUCCAAAUUACUGGCCUGCAUGACAAAGUGAAAAGAAGGAAUCCUGUGUUAAAAAAUCCACCCCAAAUCAUCCAUUCUGCUUGCAACAAGGCCAUUAAGUAAUUCUGCAAGACAAUACGGCAAAGAAAUGUACUUUUUGGCCUAAAUAAAAAAUACAGGUUUGGAUCAAAUUCAAUACAACACAAUACAGAGUAAAAGCCUCUGUAUUUUCAAGUAUUGUGGUGGCACCAUCAUGUAACCGGUAUGCUUGUCACCGGCAGGGACUUGGGAGUUUGUCAGGAUCAAAAAUAAAUAUGAAAGGAGCUAAGCCCAGGUAAAAAGUUAGAGGAAAACUCGCCACAGUCUACUGAAAACAUAACCCUGGGAUAGAGUUUUCUUUUUCAGUGGGACAAUUACUCACAUUUUAAUACCAAAGACACACCAGAAUGGCUUUCCAAUAGGUUUUGAGUGUCCCUGAGUGGUCCAGUCUCAUUCCUGACUUAAAUUAGCUUGAAAAUCAGAGACACGGUUUGAAUAUUGAUGUCCUUGAAUUAUUCUCAACCAAAUUUACUGAGCUUGAGCAAUUGUGACAAAAACAAUGGACAUAUGUUGACCUAACAGUUGUGCAAAGUUGGUAGAAUCUUAUUCAAAAUGAUUUACAGCUGUAAUGGCUGGCAAAGGUGCUUCCACCAAGGAUACUAAACAAAAAUAUAAACGCAACAUGUCAUGUGAAACCAUACAUACAAAAAGCUUAUUUCUCUCAAAGUUUGUGCAUACAUUUGAUUACAUCCCUGUUAGUGAGCAUUUCUCCUUUGCCAAGAUAAUCCAUCCACCUGACAGGUGUGGCAUAUCAAGAAGCUGAUUAAACAGCAUGAUCAUUGCACAAGUGCACGUUGGGCCACUCUAAAAUGUGCAGUUUUGUCACACAACACAAUACCACAGAUGUCUCAAGUUUUGAGGGAGUGUGCAAUUGACAUGCUGACUGCAGGAAUGUCCACCAGAGAUUUUGCCUGAGAAUUCAAUGUUAGUUUCUCUACCAUACGUUGUUUUAGAGAAUUUGGCAGUACGUCCAACCGGCCUCACAACCACAGACCACGUGUAACAACGCCAGCCCAGGACCUCCACAUCCAGCUUCUUCACCUGCGGGAUGGUCUGAGACAAGCCACCAGGACCGGUGAUGAAACUGUGGGUUUGCACAACCAAAGAAUUACUGCACAAACUGUCAGAAACCAGCUCAGGGAAGCUAAUCUGCGUGCUCAUUGUCCUCACCAGGGUCUUGACCUGACUGUAGUCCGGCAUCGUAACCGACUUCAGUGGGAAAAUGCUCACCUUUGAUGGCCACUGGCACGCUGGAGAAGUGUGCUCUUCGCGGAUGAAUUCUGGUUUCAAUUGUAUGCCGUCAUGUGGGCGAGCGGUUUGCUGAUGUCAACAUUGUGAACAGAGUGCCCCAUGGUGGCGGUGGGGUUAAAGCAUGGGCAGGCAUACACUACGGACAAAGAACAUAAUUGCAUUUUAUCAAUGGCAAUAUCAAUGCACAGAGAUACCGUGACGAGAUCCUAAAGCUCAUUGUCGUGCCAUUCAUUGAGCAUGUUUGGGAUGUUCUGGAUCGACGUGUACGACAGCGGGUUCCAUUUCCCACCAAUAUUCAGCAACUUCGCACAGCCAUUGAAGAGGAGUGGGACAACAUUCCACAGGCCACAAUCAACAGCCUGAUCAACUCUAUGCGAAGGAGAUGUGUCUCACUGCAUGAGGCAAAUGGUCACACCAGAUACUGACUGGUUUUCUGAUCCAUGCCCCUACCUUUUUUUUAAGGUAUCUGUGACCAACAGAUGCAUAUCUGUAUUCCCAGUGAUGUGAAAUCCAUAGAUUAGGGCCCAAUUUAUUUCAUUCAAUUGACUGAUUUCCUUAUAUGAACUGUAACUCUAUAUAUAACUAUAUUUUUGUUCAGUGUAUUAACUCUGGGGUGUGAAGACAUACGCAAUCAUGACAUCUUCGUAUUCUUUUUACAUGUAUUAUUCAUUUGGAACAUUUUAGAUCAUUUUCUUUCACUUAAAAAAUGUGGAGUAGGUUGUGUAGAUCUGUAAUUUUUUAAAAAUUUAUAUUUCAUUUCAAGGCAGCAAAAUGUGAGCACUGUACUUCAUUGUUACUACGCAAGACAAUUGUGACAUUUUUGACAGAAUGGUUGACUUUAAUAUGACCUUCCCUCUCUCCCUGUUGUCUCAGAGAUUUUGUUGAGGGUGAGGUCGAUAGACCUGAUGAAAACCAAGAAAGGUCAGAACCGCAUGGAGCAUCACACAGACCGUUACUACGGUGAUGACCUCAUCAUCCGCAGGGGUCAGAUCUUCAUGAUGUGGCUUGACCUCUCACGACCUUACAAUCCCAACACGGACAGACUCCACCUGGAGCUUAGGACAGGUCAGUGAGACAUUCUGCUGAAUCAUGAAUGGUUACAAUGACUCAAAAACGGCCUACCCUGUCCACCUGAUUCGAAGCCAUAGGGCUAACAAGUGCACAUGAUAACAGUAAGCCCUUUGUAACCAAUCAUGGGAACUGACUGAGUAACUAAGUGGUUGUGUGUUUUUGUUUACAGGCAUGAGUUUGCGUGUGUGUCAGUGUUAAAGUGUUUGUGUGUGCUUGUGUCUUGGAACGGCCCUGUGCCUGCACCAUGUUUUGGUGUGGUUUGUGGCAAGCCUCCAGUGUUUUACAGGAGCCUGCCACUCUCACAGUCCUGCCCAAAUCCCCUCUUUCCACUGACAAUUCACUCCUACCAUAAACAGCUUCGCCACCAACCAACCCACCAACUAAUUUCACCAUGCCCUUUCAGCUUCUAGAUUGUAAUAUUUAUCUUAGAGAUUCAUUGAAUAUGAGUGUGUACUAUAUGAGGAGAUGUGUCUUAUCUUGCUGGGUGGAAGCCAGUGUAUUAACAGACAAACAGCAAAUCACCAUCUGAGCCAUGCUGGUAUUUAUAGAACAGCAACAUGCAGGACAGAUACUCUAUGGAUCUUCAGAAUGAGUGUACUGCAGGUGGAUUGUAGAUGUGUGUGUGUGGUGUGUGUUUGAGGAUGAGAAUGUUGCUCUGCUUGUUUUCGCAAACACACCCUGUUAACACCUUGGGUGUGGUCACCAAUCUGGCAACAUGAGGCAACAUAUGUGUGUGACAAGUUUUAUUACCAAAUGAAAUACCUGUUUAUUAUUUUAUUUAUUUAUUUCACCUUUAUUUAACCAGGUAAGCCAGUUGAGAACAGGUUCUCAUUUACAACUGCGACCUGGCCAAGAUAAAGCAAAGCAGUGCAAUAAAAACAACACAGAGUUACAUAUGGGGUAAAAAACAUAAAGUCAAAAAUACAACAGAAAAUAUAUAUACAGUGUGUGCAAAUGUAGCAAGUUAUGGAGGUAAGGCAAUAAAUAGGCUAUAGUGCAAAAUAAUUACAAUAGUAUUAACACUGGAAUGCUAGAUGUGCAAGAGAUUGUGUGCAAAUAGAGAUACUGGGGUGCAAAAGAGCAAAAUAAAUAACAAUAUAGGGAUGAGGUAGUUGGGUGGGCUAAUUUCAGAUGGGCUGUGUACAGGUGCAGUGAUCGGUAAGGUGCUCUGACAACUGAUGCUUAAAGUUAUUGAGGGAGAUAAGAGUCUCCAGCUUUAGAGAUUUUUGCAAUUCGUUCCAGUCAUUGGCAGCAGAGAACUGGAAGGAAUGGCGGCCAAAGGAGGUGUUGGCUUUGGGAAUGACCAGUGAGAUAUACCUGCUGGAGCGCAGACUACGGGUGGGUGCUGCUAUGGUGACCAAUGAGCUAAAAUAAGGCGGGGAUUUGCCUAGCAGUGAUUUAUAGAUGGCCUGGAGCCAGUGGGUUUGACGACGAACAUGUAGUGAGGACCAGCCAACAAGAGCGUACAGGUCACAGUGGUGGGUAGUGUAUGGGGCUUUGGAGACAAAACGGAUGGCACUGUGAUAGACUACAUCCAAUUUGCUGAGUAGAGUGUUGGAGGCUAUUUUGUAAAUGACAUCGCCGAAGUCAAGGAUCGGUAAGAUAGUCAGUUUUACGAGGGCAUUUUUGGCAGCAUGAGUGAAGGAGGCUUUGUUGCGAAAUAGGAAGCCGAUUCUAGAUUUAACUUUGGAUUGGAGAUUCUUUAUGUGAGUCUGGAAGUUGAGUUUACAGUCUAACCAGACACCUAGGUAUUUGUAGUUGUCCACAUACUCUAGGUCAGACCCGUCGAGAGUGGUGAUUCUAGUCGGGUGGGCGGGUGCCGGCAGCGUUCGAUUGAAAAGCAUGCAUUUAGUUUUACUAGUGUUUAAGAGCAGUUGGAGGCUACUGAAGGAGUGUUGUAUGGCAUUGAAGCUCGUUUGGAGGUUUGUUAACAGUGUCCAAUGAAGGGCCAGAUGUAUACAAAAUGGUGUCGUCUGCGUAGAGGUGGAUCUGAGAGUCACCAGCAGCAAGAGCGACAUCAGCAGUGCUGCCAACAAAGAAACUUCAUCUUAUGUUUUUCCUGACAGCAAUAAAUGAAAAAAUGCAGCUAAAAUAGGAGUAAGAGAAAUUGCAAGACAGAAUUUCACCAUAUUUUGUUCUUAUGAUACUGAAUAAUAUUUGUGUGUGUCUGUCUGGGAUAGGACCCUUGCCUACAGUGGCAAAGGGCACCCAUGUCAUCAUCCCAUUGGUUGAGGAGCUGGAGGAUGACCGUUGGGAGGCCAAGAUUGUGCAACGGGACGGCAAUAGGCUCAAGCUGUCCGUCAACUCCCUGCCCACAGCCGUGAUUGGCCGAUAUCAGCUCACCGUGGCAACGCAAAGCCCGAAGGGGGAGGCCACAUCUACACAUGACCCUGGGAAUGACAUCUGCAUGCUGUUUAACCCCUGGUGUGAAGGUGAGAGAGAGAGAGAGAGAGAGAGAGAGAGAGAGAGAGAGAGAGAGAGAGAGAGAGAGAGAGAGAGAGAGAGAGAGAGAGAGAGAGAGAGAGAGAGAGAGAGAGAGAGAGAGAGAGAGAGAAGGAAUAAGUACAUUAGUCAAUACAAAGAGAGCUUGUCCCUGUCCUCAGCCAACCCUACACUCUUAGAAAAAAGGGUUCCAAAAGGGUUCAUCGGCUGUCCCCAUAGGAUAACCCUUUUUAGUUCCAGGUAGAACCCUCUGUCGAAAUGAUUCUACAUGGACCUCAAAGGGGUUCUACCUGGACCAAAAAGGUUCUACCUGGAACCAAAACUAGUUAUUCAAAGGGUUCUCCUAUGGGGACAGCCGAAUAACCUUUUUAGAUUUUAGAUUCUAUUCUUCUUUUAGAUUCACCGUUUAUUUUCUAAGAGUGUAAGCUCAGAGACUCUCCAUAGUCUUCACCCUCAUUUCAGGCUGAUGACAUCACACAUUGGAAUUGUUUUCCUUUUGAACAACUGGAUCUAACCUCUCUCUCCCUCUCCGUCAGAUGACACAGUGUACAUGGACGAUAGCGAUGAGAAGAACGAGUAUAUCCUGAAUGAUGUUGGAAGGCUCUACUAUGGCACAGAGAAUCAAAUUGGUUCAAGAACGUGGAACUAUGGACAGGUGAAGGAACAUGAAGAUUGUCAGUCAGUUGAUGGGAAAAUGGCCUGAGUAGGACAGACCUAACUAACUUAUUUCUAUCAUUGCCCCUGCUUCUCUCUCUCCUUCCAUCUCUCCCUCUCUAUUUCUCAGUUUGAUAAGGGGAUCCUGGAUGCCUGUCUUUAUGUUUUGGAGAAGAGUGCGACGCCCCCUUCAGGCUGGGGAGACUCUGUCAACGUGGUACGAGUCAUAUCAGCCAUGGUGAGUCCUCCUCGCAAACACAGGGCAUACACUUUAAAACCUCACAAUAUCACCUCUAACCUCACCUAAGCCCAACCAAUGUCCAACCAAACUGGCACCUCAUUAUUCCGACUCUAAACUGAAUCCAAAGUGAACCCGUACUCUCCUUUAUCCCAGAUCAACUCCCCAGAUGACGGGGGGGUCCUGGAGGGGAACUGGUCAGGGAACUAUGUGGGCGGGACUUCCCCUACAGCCUGGAGUGGCAGUGUGGACAUCCUGAAGAAGUACCAUAAGGACGGAGGCACACCGGUCAGAUAUGGCCAGUGCUGGAUCUUCUCUGGGGUCACCACCACAGGUUAGCAGUGUUUGUGUGUUUUUAUGUCUUUGGUUAAAUCAAAGGACUUAUCUGAGGGAAACUUGAGUGCCAUGCUGCUAUGCAUUGACCCCUAACCUCUCACCCUCCAAUCUCUUCCAGUGUUGAGGUGUUUGGGCAUUCCCUCCCGUAGUGUGUCCAACUUCAACUCCGCCCACGACACAGAUCGCUCCUUGACAUUAGACAUGUACUUCGAUGAGAAGUUGGAGUCUAUAGAUCACCUCAACUCUGACUCAAUGUGGUGAGUAGAAUACAGUCAUACUCUCUGACUCAUGGUAUCUCAUUCAGUACUACAUCAUCUUAGUCAUGUCAUCACACACCACUUAUGUAAAUACAAUGUGCAUUUACUAGAUUACAUCUAUGUUAUAACCCAUUCCUGCUUUAGGAACUUCCAUGUGUGGAACGACUGUUGGAUGGCUCGUCCAGACUUGCCACCAGGUUAUGGCGGCUGGCAGGUAGUAGACUCCACCCCCCAGGAGACCAGCCUGGGCACCUACUGCUGUGGCCCCGCCUCCGUCAAUGCCAUCCGUAACGGACAAGUGUUCCUGAAACAUGACUCACCAUUCGUCUUUGCCGAGGUGGGUCUCUAGUGUGUCUUCCCCCUUCCUUUCUCUCAGAUGCACAGUGAUGACCUCACUUGCCCCUAGUCUCAGAUGUCUUCCAUCUCAACCAUCUCCAUCUCUCGCUCUCUGCUGUACCUGUACUGUAGGUGAACAGUGAUAAGAUCUACUGGCAGAGGAACCUGAAUGGCACCUUCACCCAGAUCCACAGUGAGAAGAACGCAGUGGGCCACUGUAUCAGCACCAAGGCCGUGGGCUCUGACGAACGCAACGAUAUCACACACCUUUACAAGUACCCAGAAGGUAGCUUCACAUAGCUGUGCAAACAUUAACCAACACUGGGUAGCAUUGCAUAUCAUAGUUUUAUUGCAUACCUAUAAAAGCAGACUCCUGUAUAAGCACCCAGUGGUUAAUAUCUAUUUAAUUCAUUCUUAUUGUUAUUCUCUCCAGGCACAGAGGAGGAACGCAUCGCUGUGGAGACUGCCAGUCGCUAUGGCUCCAAACCAGAUACCUACUCCUCUCCCAUCGCUCAGGAUGUAUCCAUAGAAGUGACCAUGGAUGGGGAGGGGCCACGCAUGGGGGGAGAUGCAGAACUGUCCAUCGUCAUGCGCAACGCUAGUUCUCUACCACGCACUAUCAACCUCCACAGCCAGGUGGCAGUCAUGUACUACACUGGUGUGCUCAAGGCUACUGUCAAGAAGGACCAAAUUCCUGUGGAGCUGCUACCAAAUGAAGGUGAGCUACUGGGAAUGUCUUGUGUUAUAUAUAUCAGUGACGUUCAGUCAGACAUUGUUAUUCAUUGCAUGCCCAGGUUUUUCUCAUCCCUAAUCCUGCCCCCCUCUCCUAACAGUGAAGACCCUGGAGUGGAUCCUUCAGUACCAGCACUACCAGGACCAGCUGGUGGACCAGGCUGCUCUGAUGCUGACCCUGUCGGGCAGGGUCAGUGAGACACAGCAGGUUCUGGCCACUCAGUUCAGCUUCCGCCUCCGCACCCCUGACCUCAUCAUUAAGGUAAGCAGAAACAUAAUUAAUUAAUAUAUCCAUAAAUCUUAUCCACAGCAUCUAUCUGUGUGUCUGUCUGCCCAUCUGAAUAUUGUCUGUUGUCAACAUAAUCCAGAGAUGUUCUGUAAUGAUAAGGUUUCCCUAUACUUGUCCCUCCUAGCCGGUAGGGGAGGCUGUGGUGGGUAAAAAGAUGGCGGCUGAGAUCUCCUUCACCAACCCUCUGCCAUGCACACUGAAAGGAGUGGUGUUCCGUGUGGAGGGGCUGGGCCUGCAGAGUGUUCGACAGAUCGCUGUUGGGUGAGAAAUGUUCACAUACAUUCUGCUUGCCAUAUCUCUGUCACUCCAUUCAUCACAUGGGCAUAUACAAAUGUCCUGUGACCAGGGUUGUGGUCAAAUCCAAUGUAAUUUAAUUGGAACGCUAGAUAUUUACAUUUCCCAGUCAAGGGAAUUAAUGCACAUAAUAUCAACAAAUUUACUGUAGGAUUAGUUUUUUAUCAUUUAAACCUGUAUUCCUAUAUUUCCAGUAUAGCUAGGGUGUCUGAAGUGGGACAUGAUCAGCCUGAAAGCCUGAGGGAAUUGAAUUCAAAUUGGAAUUUGUGGAAUUGUUGGGGAUAAUAUUGAAUUGGGAAUUACAUUUUGGGAAUUUACCUAACAUUGGAAUUCAGAGGAAUUUAAUAAUCUCUGAAUUCAAAGACUGACCUGGAAUUUGAAUUGAAUUAAAUGGAAUUUACAGGGAGAGAGAAUUUAAUUAGAAUGUAAUUUGUGAAAUUGACCCCAACCCUGACUGUAACAUCAACUAAACAUGCCUAUGAGUUCAUCUGAACACAGCAUCAGUCUGUAUUUCACUAUACUCUCUGUGGUUCAUGUAGUCAAUCUUCCUUCAUGUUAUGAACAAGCACAGUUCUAAGUGUCUCUCUCAUCUCCUCUCUCAGUGACGUGGCCAGUCACUCCUCUGUGGUUCAGACGGAGGUCUUUGUCCCCAGCCUGCCUGGACCCAGGAAACUGUUGGCUUCACUGGACUGUAAACAGCUCACACAGGUUCAUGGUGUUGCUGACAUCAACGUGAAGGAGAUAUAAGUCUUCGGACACCAUAGACCUCUCUUGGUCUGCUUGACUAUUGAGGCAUAAUCACUACAGAGGUUAGCAGAAAUCAUCUCCCUCCCUCUCCCCCCUAACACUGGUGUUGCUGUUGAGUCCAUUAUGAUGUUCGAAAGUACAGUUUAAGCUUGAGAUACAGGAAAACCAUACACCAUGCAAGACAAGCAUUUUCAAUAGUCAUAUUGUUACAUAUUUUUCCAUUCCCCCCUCUCAAUAUCAGACUGGACCUGUAUAAUGUGCCUUGAAAAGUGCCUAAACAAAUGAUUGCAGCCCUUACAAGAGUAAUAUUAGGACCUGAAGCAUACCUACUGAACAGAGCACCAGUUAGUUAUAUGACACAUGGGAACAACGUUUGUUCAGCAUACUGUACAGUACAGCAAUAAUACUGUAUACAGAAUGUGUGGCUUGUUAUAUUGGCAGAGCAUUGGCAGAACAUAUAUAUAUAUACACAUCUUUGACACCACCAGAUUUAUCUCAGCUAUUAUUUUUCUAACACUUAUUAAAAGGGGUAUGUGUUAACUUACACUCUACAAUUAUCUAAUACUAUGGUGUUAUUAACUUAUA